ACCCCCAUCCCUUCCUGGUCGCUACCACAGAGCGAGAGGCGGGAUUAGGAGGCAGGCGGCUCAGAUCUGCUUCCUGAUAGGCCGAGAGUCGACAGUCCCGCCCCUUCACUUCCUCCACGUGGUAACCUGCAGCCUGGCAGGAGGAAGAGAGAGUUGUGCUGCUACUGCUGCUGAUCCAGACAGAUAAUCUCAUCAUGGUUUUGAAGAAAAAGAAAGAACUCAAGGUCGACGUCUUGGUGUUUGAUGGACCCAGUAUUCAGAAACUUCAAUGUUUCGCUGAUGAAAAGGAACAGAAUGUGCCGUCGCUUCUGCUUCACUGUGUACAGCUUCAGGAUGGAGUCCAGCAAAUACACUGCAUCAAACAGAUUGUGCCCUUGUUGGGAAGUCUUCCUGCAGACAGUAGCAGCGCUAGCAUGGUGUGCGCUUGCCUUGAUGUGCUGAGCGAGAUGUACUUCUCUCUGAACUCCAAGAACCCACUGAAGAAGGUUUUGGCCAGUUCUUUGAACAGCAUUCCAGACCAAUACAAGGCAGAUGCUGUCGGCGCAUUCACCCGCUGCCUCGGUGAGGAUAUCGCAACUGAAGAUCCUGAAAAGUACAGAAAAGUGGUGGACGACUUGGCCUCAUGCAUGGACAAUUUCAGUCUGGGUACCUCCUCUGUCGCAAGUCGGUUUCUAGAAGCCCUUCAGUUUUUAGAGAGAGUGUUGCGUAUGUUCCAAAGCCAAAACAAAAGAAUCCUUGGAAAUGGCCUUGCCCAGACCCAGCUGAUGCACGACUUGCUUACUGCAGUGAAACUCUCCAUGAUGCUUGUGCAGAAAGUCCAAGACCCCAUUCAGGCUGCUCUUCUUCAGUCCGGCAGUCCGGACCCUCUUUGGAGAACUUUGUGUGACCUGCUUGGCCGCUUUGCUGAUCUAAUGAUGGAUGAGGACCUGCUGCAGAAUGUUCAGAGCACCUCUGGGAUGGCUGUUAUUCUCUAUAUGAAGCUGAUGUUACAUGACCCUGACAAACUUCCCACACUGGUCAGCAAUGUGAUUCUCUGUACUGUGGAUUCUGGGGAUGCUCCUGAUUGGUUCCUGAGCUGCUGCAAGAGCUUCUGUAAGGACCCGCCUGAUACUGUGCUGCUCUUCCUGUGCCAGGGAGCCCUUGCCAUGCUGGAGUGGAAAGAUGGCAGCAUGGGUGAGGGUGGUGAGAAACUGCUGCUUGACCUGUUGGAUGUUUUGCUCUCUCAGAGUUCACGCCUGAACGAGUCAAGUGUGGCCAUGUUGCUCUCAAGAGUAUUAGCCCUAUGGACUGGCUCAGCCCUAGAUCUCCUCACCAACUGCUCCACAGGGUUAAAGGAUAAACUGAAUGGGCACUCAAGUGCCACGUGCAAGCUUCUGGAGUAUGUUUAUGUACACUGGGAGCAUCCGCUAGAUGCAGUGAGACAUCAGACCAAACUGAUCUUCAGAAACCUCCUGCAGAUGCAUAGGAAGGCCGUGGAGCUGUCGGACGAGGACCUAUUUCUCUCGGAACUCACCCACAGCUUGUUGCAUUUAGAGUGGCACUCAAAGGGAAAGUAUGCCGCGCUCGCGUGCCUCGUGGAGUGUGUGGGAGCAGAACAGAUUUUGGCUGUGGAUGACACAAUGCCAUCACAAAUCCUAAAUGUUAUGGGGGACCAGUCUUUUGCCCCUUAUGCCAGUAACCUCCUGGAAGCCAUGUUUAUCAACCAUAAAAACCAGCUGACCUCAAGAUCAGGAGACCAAGGUUGGACUGAGAGGUGGCACGACAUUUGGGUCUCUCCUCUUCUCUUGCGGCUGUGCGAGGAAAAUAUCAACCAGACCACUUACAUCAUCGAUUAUUAUUUGCCCAAAGUUCUGAAAUGCAACCCAGAAAGCUUAAACUUCAUGAUAGAGGUUUUGCAGGCCUCUGCCUCUACAAAUCUUGGCUCUGGGAGUAGCCGUGGGGCUCUAGGUGCCCUGAUGGCAUGUCUACGAACAGCCCGGGCUCAUGGCCACCUCCGUUUUACUGAGAAUUAUGUUUGGAGUGGAAAGGUCUCAACAGCUUUGAUCCAGCAAGGUCUGGUUCACCGGCAUGAUCAGGUGCGUGUGGAUGCUUUAGGUCUUCUGUGUGAAAGUCACUGGAGCACUGAAGUGGUUUCACUGGAUGAGAUGAAACUGGUCCUGUUCUGUCUUAAAUACAACUUGAAUUGUCAGUCUCCUUCCAUCAGGCAGCAACUGUGUUACCUGUUUAAAAAGCUUCUGUGCCGUAUACAUGAAAGUUCCCAGGUCCUGUAUAAACAUAAGCAGACCCAAAAGUUAAAGACUGCUAAAGAUGUAGGGAAUGAGAGUGACGCCUCCCGAGCGCUUCAGCAGUACCAGGAAUUCAUGGCAUCCGUAACAAACUGUCUCUUUGAGUCGCUCUUUGCUGGUUCCUCCCACCCCACAAGGUUCUCAGCAUUGACUAUUUUGGGAGCCGUUGCUGAAAUAUUUCCAGUGGAAGAAGAGGUCUCGUGCCAGAGAGUGUUCCAGCUGGGCCCGGAGGUGCAGAGAGAGCAAGUGCAAGCUCUAUUAGAGUGCCUCAGUAACACAUUUGAGGAAGUAAAAGCCCUUGCGUUCGACCUGCUCAGAAAAUUGACUCCAUGUGUUUUGGCCUUGAAGGAGACAGACAAACUGCUUCCCUUACUCCAAGCUGCCAUGAGCCUCAGCACCAGCACAAAACAUUUCGACUGCGUCACUGCUUCAUACCUGCUGAACUUUUUAAUGUGCCAGGAAGCCCUUCCCGUGGCUCUGGAUGCCCUGGAUCAGAACCAGACUGGCCCAGUAAUGUGUCCAUCACGGAAUACUGAACACGUCAGCUUUGUGGAAAGAAACACCUUUUCUGCUGUCAGGUACCUGAUGAACAGACUAAGCGAGGAGAUUUUACAAGCAGAAAAGUCCUUGCUCCAGGCAGCAGGUUCCUUCCCAUUGUACGGCCGAGUGCAUUGCAUUAUUGCCUUGUUACAGCAGCUUCCCCUCAAGGAGCUUUCGCUGGUGGCAGAAUGGAGAGAUGUGAUUGGACGGCUCAUACUCAUGUCCUACCGUCUGUCUGCAAUUGUGUCGCCCGUCGUCCACAGCUCGUCUCCGGAGGGUCUCAUGCCCAUGGACACGGACACUGAAGCCGCAUCGCAAUUACACAUGAUAAUGAGUGAGAUCCAACCCCGGGACACUAACGACUACUUCUCUCAGCCCAGGACACUCCAGAAGCAGCUCCAUUCCCAGCCCCUCCCAGAAGACUCCGUCCCAGCAAACUCCCUGUGCGCAGAAAUGAGAGGGAGCGAGGGGACAUCAUGCAGUGUGACUGCCCAGAUGGUGCUGGUGUGUUGCUGGAGAAGUAUGAAGGAAGUUUCACUCCUGUUGGGAAUGUUCUGCCAGGACCUUCCUUUAUUGACCGGACCGGAGUCUCCCCAUGGCCUUAUCACGAUGGAUCAGGUUAAAGAGAUGGGAGAAUAUUUUAAGCAUCACCUUUUGCAGUCCAGACACCGAGGGGCUUUUGAACUGGCUUAUGUUGGUUUUGCCAAGCUUACAGAAAUGCUGAUUGGCUGCAAGGAGGAGAGCCUUCAUCGCUUACCAGGCCAGUGGCUAUGCAAUGUUUUGGAGGAAAUUAAAUCUAGUGAUCCUUCUUCUAAACUAUGUGCAACCAGGCGCAGUGCUGGGAUUCCAUUCUACAUACAGGCCCUGUUGGCGUCUGAGCCCAAGAACAGUAAAGGAGGUCUUCUGAAGAUGACCAUGAAGCAGUUAAUAUCAUUGGCCAUGCCUGAAAGUGAUGCUUCUGGAAAUAAGGGCACAAUUCCGCAGGUCCACGCUCUGAAUAUCUUGCGAGCCCUUUUCCGAGACACGCGUUUGGGUGAAAAUGUCAUUCCGUAUGUGGCAGAUGGGACCCAGGCUGCCAUCCUUGGCUUUACCUCACCCGUUUGGGCAGUGCGAAAUUCCUCCACGCUCCUCUUCAGCACACUGAUUACACGAAUAUUUGGCGUCAAAAGAGGAAAAGAUGAGCGAUCCAAGAAAAAUAGGAUGACAGGCAGAGAAUUCUUCUCUCGCUUUCCAGCCCUCUAUCCAUUUCUCCUGGAACAUCUGGAAGUUGUUGCCAACACUGUUGACAGUUCCACAGGUGAAUCCAAACUUCACCCCAGCCUGUUCCUUCUGCUGCUGAUCCUGAGUAAACUCUACCCAUCACCAAUGGAUGGCACCUACUCUGCCCUCAGCAUGGCCCCCUUCAUCCCCUUCAUUAUCAGUUUGGCCCACUCACGGGGGAAACGUUGACUGGAAUCCAGGACAUUCGUAGACACGACGGAGGGAAAGUGAAAUAUAUUCUUGGAAAGAAUUUCAUACGAGGAAAUAACCUUUAUUCUUGGAGUAAGAAAGAGAAUGACUGAACGGAAAAAUAGCAUUUCAUUUGGGGAAAUUCAAUCAUUAAACGUGACACCGUUUAGAGGCUGCGGACAAUAGAAAAUUCCACUGAAAGUCCAAGCGAACUUGAGUAACCUGCAGAUAAUUGGAGGGACUAUACAAUACUGGCAGCUGUGAAAUAUUGUAAAUAUUGCAAAUAUUAAUCUUUGCCCUUCCUGCUCCUUUGUACACUUUGAACCUUAUUGCUCUCGUGCACAUUCACUGCAGUGUUUUUGUUUUCAUGUUGUGGCCAUAAAUGAUUCAUCUUGCUCCUCCGCCACCCAUUUAUUGUGUCCUACUUAACCACAAACUCCUUGCCCUCCCCCUGCUCCACUGUAACACCUUCUUUAUCAGCAUGAUGAUGAUACUGCCCAGCACUUUUACUAUAGGGAGAGCCCAACGUUCUACUACAGUGUAACACCCUUUUAUCAACAUAAUGUAUCACAGCACAUUCCUUUCCCUUUAUAUAUGCAAAAUAAUAUUCUUCCUUUCAGUAACCAGUACGGUUAAGACUUAGGGCACAUGGGAAGCGUUGUUGCCCGUUGUCUCUUAUGCAAGCGGCAAAACCACCAAAAUACUUUUGCACAGCACUCAAUUAUUAAUUAUUAACAACCAAAGAGUACUUCUAGAGGAAUUCUAAAGGUGCCAUACUCGGGCCAAAAUAAGCAGCCGGCAAGAUCAGCCAGGCAGGUUUAAAAAUCCAGUUGGAUGAAGGACCCCCAUCAACGAAGUGAUGUAGUUCCCGAUCCGACUGGAUUUUUUUAACCUGCCUGGCUGAUUUUGUCAAGGAUUUUGUCCUCUGUCUAUUCAUGGCGUUAUCAGAUCAUUGGGCCCUAGGGCCCACAAUUGGAUAUUUAUUUAUCACGUGAUUACCCAAGUCACCUGGUUGGAGUGCAGCAAUUGGCAUUGAGUGAGUGGGCAAAACUGCUUCUCUCAUUGUGGCCAAUGUGCAAAUCUUCUUCCUAGUUACAAGGAGAUUUUUACCAGUUAGCUUGCGGUUUCAGCCUUGCUUAAGAUGACCUUAUUUCCUUAGUCUCCUCUUGGGCCACAUGUUUAUUCCACGGGCAGAUGUCAACAUUUGGGCUGCCUGCCAUAGUGACAGAUUUUGGCCAAAAAACAUAAAAAUAGCUAAAAUAGCUGGUUGCCAUCUAUUUCAGCAGCAGGCCGUCUGGGUGGUUUUUCCAUUGGCAGGGUAUGCCCAGUGUGCUUAGAACUUUCCUACUGUUUGAUAAUCCCCUAACUAAACGCUUGAAGGUAGUGUGGCACCAGGUUCAUGGUCUUUAAAACAAGGUUAUGGAAAUUCUCUCUAGGGUCUAAUACCCGUUUAAUUUACAAUAGGGGGUACUUUAUUAAAGUCUUAUUAAAAACAGUUUUUGCAAUUCCUGCCAUUGUCUUACAAGCACAUGCUUAGCACAGGGAAUAUGCUUUAUGGCAGUGAUCCCUAAUAAGUGGAGCAACUAGUUACUCACCAACUCUUUGGCUGUUGCUCCCAGUAGAUGCUUAUUUUUGAAUUCCAGGCUUGGAGGCAAGUUUUAGUUGUAUAAAAACCAGAGGUACUGCCAAACAGAGUCUCCUGUAGACUGUCAGUCCUCAUAGGGGCUACCAAUAGUCAAGUUCAGCCCCUAUUAGGCACCCUCAGGAACUUUUGGCAUACUCAUGUUUCUCUCCAACCUUUUUUUUACGUUUGAAUGUGGCUCACAUGUAUGAAAGGUUGGGGAUCCCUGCUUUACGGUAUCUCUUUUUAUGCAAAAACUAUUGGGGCCUGUGGAUUCUGUUGCUGGUAUCAUUGUGCUUCUCAUUUUUGCCCACUUUGCUCCUAAUUGCACCAGGCUAUUGCACUAAGCCACACCUCCUGUUGGCUAAAAAAGUUAUUUAAUGCACAACAAUCUUUUUAUUAAGAUAAAUAAGAUGAUUAUA